UGCGCACUCAUUACUCGCCCUUUCAAAAUGCCGCUGAAACCUUAGGACCUGCGAUUGCCACCCCUACGCCCUGGGCUCGGUCGGGGAGCGCCUCAUGGAGCGGCCGUAAGGUUAUUUCCUGGCUUGUUUUGCAUACCACCUUUUUACCUGUGUAGCAAAUCUGUUUUAUCGACAGACUGAACUAUCUUCACUGCCAAAAUGACAUCAUAUUCCACCUCUGCCCAGUGUUCAACAUCUGAGAGUGCUUGCAGGAUCUCUCCAGAGCGAAUCAACCAGGUACGACCAAAACUGCCGCUUUUGAAGAUACUGCAGGCAGCAGGUGCACAAGGUGAAAUGUUCACUGUUAAAGAGGUAAUGCACUAUCUUGGCCAGUAUAUAAUGGUGAAGCAGCUUUAUGAUCCUCGGGAGCAGCAUAUGGUAUACUGUGGUGGAGAUCUUUUGGGAGAACUAUUAGGACGUCAGAGCUUCUCCGUGAAAGAUCCAAGCCCUCUCUAUGAUAUGCUAAGAAAGAAUCUUGUCACUUUAGCUAUGGCUACUACAGAUGCUGCUCAGACUCUCGCUCUCGCACAGGAUCACAGUAUGGAUAUUCCAAGUCAAGACCAACCGAAGCAAAGUGCGCAGGAAGGUUCCAGUCCCAGGAAAAGAGCCGAAGAAGGUGAUGGUCACACACUGCCUACCUCACAACAUAAACACAGAAAUUCUACAGGAGAUGAAGACUUGAUAGAAAAUUUAACCCAAGAAGAGACUUCUAGGCUGGACCUUGGGUUUGAGGAGUGGGAUGUGGCUGGCCUCCCUUGGUGGUUUCUAGGAAACUUGAGAAGCAACUAUACACGUAGAAGUAAUGGCUCAACUGAUUUACAGACACAUCAGGAUAUAGGUACUGCCAUUGUUUCAGAUACUACAGAUGAUUUGUGGUUUUUAAAUGAGUCAGUAUCAGAGCAGUUAGGUGUUGGAAUAAAAGUUGAAGCUGCUGAUACUGAACAAGCAAGUGAAGAAGUAGGGAAAGUGAGUGACAAAAAGAUGACUGAAGUGGGGAAAGAUGAUGACCUUGAGGACUCCAAGUCCUUAAGUGAUGAUACUGAUGUAGAAGUUACCUCUGAGGACGAGUGGCAGUGUACAGAGUGCAAGAAAUUUAAUUCUCCAAGCAAGAGGUACUGUUUCCGUUGCUGGGCCUUGAGGAAGGAUUGGUAUUCUGAUUGUUCUAAGUUAACUCAUUCUCUCUCCACAUCCGAUAUCACUGCUAUACCUGAAAAGACGGAAAAUGAAGGAAUUGAUGUCCCUGAUUGCCGAAGAACCAUUUCAGCUCCAGUUGUUAGACCUAAAGAUGUACCUGUCAAGGAAGACAGUUCCAAACUGUUUAAUCCCUGCAGCUCAGUGGAAUUUUUGGAUUUGGCUCACAGUUCUGAAAGCCAAGAGACCAUCUCAAGCAUGGGAGAACAAUCAGACAGCAUUUUUGAGCAGAAAGUAGAUAUAGAAAAUAUGGAGGAUUGCCAGAAUAUCCUGAAGCCUUGUAGUUUAUGUGAGAGAAGACCACGAGACGGAAACAUUAUCCAUGGGAGGACAAGCCAUCUCACCACUUGUUUUCACUGUGCUAGAAGACUGAAGAAGGCUGGGGCCUCGUGUCCUAUUUGCCAGAAAGAGAUUCAGUUGGUUAUUAAGGUUUUUAUAGCAUAACCGAAUCAGUUGUGAAAUACUAGAGGACCAGGUCUCUACGUCAGUAUUGAGCCUGUCUGCCAAGUAUGACCCAUUCCCCAUGUUUAUUUAUUCACGUAAACAUCUGUGUUCUGGGUCAGUUUUGCUUAUAAACUUACGGAAUUUGAGAAUGAGUAAUGUAGAACUAGACAUCAGUUUGGAGACUUCAUUAACAUAAAGAUAAAAAUAAAAAUAAAAACACAUAAGCUA